CUUAUCUCGGGGCCAUGCCUGCGCAUUUUGGCACAGUUUGUUUCAUGUCGCGCUUGGAUGUGACUCCUCUUCAUCCUGAGCCUAACGUCGUAAAUCAGGUCUGUGGACCCGCAGUCACUCUGGUUACAGUCACACACGCGGCGUGUAAAAAAAAAAACAACCCACACACAGGUCUGAAUUCGCCCCAACAUUAACACAGCAGCCACCUUCUCUCCAGCCCGGACCGGCCACAGCUCUCCGCGGCGCACUGCGCUGACUCUGCAGAAGGAAACCAUCGGGGGAGUGUGGGAAGGCGUUUUUUUUUUUUUUUUUGCGUUUAUCCUCAAGGUAGAACACGCAGCUACAGCCCUGCUCCUGGAUGCCAGCGAUCCCAACCGUCUCCUUGGCUUCAGUUUGCGGGAAAAAAGGAAGAAGGGGGACCGGGUGUCGUGGUCGUGCGUUCUUCAUCCGAGGGACCGACGCGUUUCCAAAAAGCCCCCGACGCGCGUUCUUUCCCCAGCUGAAGCGGCGCGGACACACACACACGAUUCUCUGGAUUUAAAAAAGAGAGAGAAACGAGAGCGAGUCGUUUGCUGCGUUGAAGGUGAAAUUGUCCUAAACGGCGGUGCUAAGUUUGAGAGCAGAACACCCACCGCGAAGCAGCCCAGACACACGCACGCCACUGACGAGGAGAAAGUUCCCCACUUGAGGGCGAAAUCAGACUUUUUUGAGGACGCCAAGUUUGAGAAGUGCCAGGAGCUCCGGGGUCUGUGAGACACAACAUGCAGCGAUGUCCAAGGAGGCAGAUUUGGAUGUGAGAGGCAGUGAGUGCGACACAGUCCCACCAGAGCCCAGCACAGACCCAGAAGUGCCCAGGCCACCUCCAGCAAAGGCUAACGGACCCCACGACACCGCUGGCGCUUGCACGAGCAUCCCCUCCGGUAGCCACAGUAGCAGCAGCAGCAGCAGAAGUGGUCUGGGUGGCAUUAGCAUCGUUAGCAGCAGCGCUGAGGGAGCAGGCGAAAGCUCCAUGCAGUUCAGCACCAGACCGCCUAGUGCUGAGCAGCCGGGCUUCAUGGGGACAUGGCAGCAGCAGAGCACUGACAGCAACCUCCUCUACAGAAUGUCCCAGCAGGCCAUUCGCUGCACACUGGUGAACUGCACGUGUGAGUGUUUCCAGCCCGGCAAGAUUCACUUACGGACAUGUGACCAGUGCAAACACGGCUGGGUAGCUCAUGCUCUGGACAAGCUCAGCACCCAGCACCUCUACCACCCGACCCAGGUGGAGAUCGUUCAGUCCAACGUGGUGUUCGACAUCAGCAGCCUGAUGCUGUACGGCACCCAGGCCGUGCCCGUCAGACUCAAGAUCCUCCUCGACCGCCUCUUCUCCGUGCUCAAGCAGGAGGAGGUGCUGCACAUCCUGCACGGCCUGGGCUGGACCCUCCGAGACUACGUCAGGGGCUACAUACUCCAGGAUACUGCAGGCAAGGUGCUAGACCGCUGGUCCAUCAUGUCCCGAGAAGAAGAGAUCAUCACCCUGCAGCAGUUCUUGCGCUUUGGUGAGACCAAAUCCAUUGUGGAGCUGAUGGCCAUUCAGGAGAAGGAAGGUCAGGCAGUUACAGUUCCCUCCUCCAAGACAGACUCCGGUAUUAGGACAUUCAUUGAAAGCAACAGCAGGACCCGCAGCCCUGGACUCCUGACGCAUCUGGAAACCAGCAGCCCAUCGAGCAUUCACCAUUUUGAGAAUAUCCCCAACAGCUUAGCCUUCCUCCUGCCCUUCCAAUACAUUAACCCAGUCUCUGCUCCGAUGCUUGGUUUGCCGCCAAAUGGCCUGCCUAUGGAACAGUCCGCCCUCCGGCUCAGGGAACCCAGCCUGCCAAACCAAGGUGAACAGGUGGAGACCAGUGAGUCAGAAGUGUCCCUGUCACCCUUCCGCUCAGGCCAGAGCCCAAACCGUGGAGCCCUGGGAGCCAUUAACAACAACAUUGAACCCAAGACAGAGCCCAACAAUAGGGCAUCACCCAUCUCGCCAACCCCUUCCACCCAUCAAUCUCAACAACAGACACAGCUCCAACAGGGUCAACAGCAGUCCCAAAAUCAAUCUCAGCAGUCCAAUAGCUUGAGUGACCAUCAGGUCCACCACCACUUUGUAAAGGACGAGCAGUCUAAAACCAUCACCCAUUCUUCUUUUUCCUCAAAGAUGCAUCGCAUGCGCCGCAUGGGAUCCACUUCACGCAAGGGUCGUGUGUGCUGCAAUUCUUGUGGCAAAACCUUUUAUGACAAAGGUACCCUUAAGAUACAUUAUAAUGCUGUACACUUGAAGAUUAAACACCGUUGCACCAUUGAGGGAUGUAAUAUGGUCUUCAGCUCACUUCGCAGCCGUAAUCGUCACAGUGCCAAUCCCAACCCAAGGCUACACAUGCCAAUGCUGCGCAAUAACCGUGACAAGGACCUCAUCCGUUCCAAUUCAGCCCCUGGUACACCUGUCAUCUCAAGCACCAAGAAUGGUGGCUUCACACUUACCAGCCCUGGAAGGCCACCACUGGGCUUCACUACCCCACCAGUAGACCCUAUGCUUCAGUCACCUCUGCAAAGUCCACUGGUGUUUCCCUCGUUGAAGUCAGUUCAACCAGUCCAGCCAGUGCCCCCAUUCUACCGUACACUGUUGUCCCCUGCAGACCUUGUCAGCCCUCCAGUGUCACUGCCCACAAGCCCCAUCCUGCCCACUGCCACUAAUAGUACCAGCCUGAUGGACCAGCACCUCCUGGCUGCAGCUGUGGCUUCACAUAAUAAUGUUCAUAUGUCAGAGGCAGGACCCAUGUCCCACCGCUUACCUACACCUAGCGCCAAUAAUGACCUCACAAGUGGCAUCAGUGACCCCACACCCAAAAAGAAGCCUCGUAAAUCUAGCAUGCCAGUAAAGAUUGAGAAGGAGGUGAUUGAUGUGGCGGAUGAAUACGAUGACAAAGAUGAAGAUGAUGAAGAUAACAUUCACCGAAAUCACCAUCAUCACCAGUCAUCACUUCUUCACAACAACAUCAAAAUCAAUGGAAAUUGUAACAGCCACAACAGUGGCAGUGGUAAUGGAAAUCACAGUGGUGGUAGUGGGCAGCAAUCCCCUUCUCAGGAUGAGAUGAGCCCUGGGUUAGCUCUGAGAGGCAUGAUGAGACAGAGUGAAGAUGAAUGCCGUGAAGGGAACCGUAGUGACAGUAGGGGAGGUAAUGAUCUGCGAAGCUCUGGUGAAUUACGUUGCAUGGACAGCUUCACCUCUGAAGACCAGGACCAUGAGAGAGACUUUGAGAACGAAUCUGAAAACUCUGAUUCCAAGAUGUUCUACCGGGAUGAGCUCAUGGAUGUGGAUGAACAUCCAAAACACAGCAGGGUUGGAAGAGGUCUGGACAAGGAACAGGAUGAUGAGGCAAAUGAGGAAGCUCAUUUGCGAAAGGAAAUGGAAGGCAAGGGCCUUUCCUCACCCUCUCCUCAUCACCACCCUAUGAAGAUCAAGGAAGAACUGAAUGAUCCUACCUAUGACAUGUUCUGCAUGGGCCAGUAUGGCAUCUACAACGGAGGCAUGGCAGCGGCUGCUGCCGCUGCUGCGAGUAUGGCUGCCCUGCAUGAGAGCUUCAUCUCUUCGAUGGGCUAUGGUGCCAGUCCACCCAAAUUCCUUUCUUCUCAAUCACCGGAGGGAGAUCCAUGCUCAAGUCCUGACCCCAAGAUCUGCUAUGUGUGUAAGAAGACUUUCAAGAGCUCCUACAGCAUGAAACUGCACUACAAGAAUGUGCACCUCAAAGAGAUGCACGUGUGCACUGUGGCUGGAUGCAACGCCGCUUUCCCUUCCCGGCGGAGCCGAGACAGGCACAGCUCCAACAUCAACCUGCACCGCAAACUGCUGACCAAAGAGCUGGACGACAUUGUCCUGGACCCCCAACUCACGCCACUGCCCAAGGACCUGCGAGCUGAGAUACUGGCUAAGAUCUACGCCGGGCACCACAUGGGCUUGGACCCUAUGGCUGGGAUGGGCAUCGGAGGCGCCAGCCUUGGACACACCGGCCUGAACCACGAUGCCCGUUCCCCCAUGAGCAAUGAGUAUUUCCACCACCCUCUCAGCCACAACCUCAAAAAUCACCACACCAACGGCUUCUCCCAUGGCCAGCCAGAUGACUACAUGGUGCUGGACCUGAGCACCACAUCAAGUGUUCAAUCCAGCAGCAGUGUCCACUCCUCACAUGAGUCAGAUGAGGGCAGCGAUGAAGGCAUUCUUCUGGAUGACCUGGAGGAGGAGGAUGGAGAAGAGGAUGAGGAGGAGGGUAACAGCGAGGGAGAGGACUGCUCCCAGCGUGCCGAGAGGCAAGCUGAAAUUGGGCAGCGGGAUGAGACUGGAGAACUCAGAGGAGAAGGACAUGGUGAGGGGUUGGAACCUCCCUCCUCACCAUUCCUCCUUUCGUCCACCGGGGGCAGUAAUAGUGGCGGCAGUGGGAUCCUCUGCAACAUCUGCCACAAAAUGUACAGCAACAAAGGGACCCUGCGCGUGCACUACAAGACUGUGCACCUGCGAGAGAUGCACAAGUGCAAAAUUCCCGGUUGCAACAUGGUGUUCAGCUCAGUGCGCAGUCGCAACCGACACUCUCAGAACCCCAACCUCCAUAAAAACAUGCCCUUCUCUACAAUAAUAGACUAAAUAAUGACUUUCUACUCUACCCUCCUGUCAGUCUGCCCGCUCCUCCCGUCGUUCCUCAUCCUUAUUCCUCCUCAAAUUAGCUUUUAACCCCAGCCCAGGGCCAUCAAAUGCAGGCUAAGUGCUUGUGUUCCUCCUGCCCUCCCUCUGUAAGUCAUUGCAAGACAUUUGUAUGUCCCUCUAUAAAAUUCAUUGACUCUAAAUACAGUUUAUUAUUUUGACCUUUGACUUCACCUUCUUUGGAAGAACAGGACGAUACUCUUGAGUACGGAGUUUACUUUAUAACAAAACUCCAAACUUGU